AUGGACAACCAAACUGAAGUCGCAGAAUUCCUACUUCUUGGAUUUCAAGGUCUAUAUGAAGUGAAAAUUCUUCUCUUCGUAGUGUUCUUCUUAGUCUACAUUGUUAUACUGAAUGGUAACAUCCUCAUUAUUAUCUUGGUGGGCACUUGUGAUCACCUCAAGAUUCCGAUGUUUGUCUUUCUUCAACAUUUAGCAGCUGCAGAUGUUCUAUUGACCGCCACUGUGGUACCAUUGAUGUUAAAUAUCAUCAUACUGGAUGAAAAGAGCAUUUCUGUCCGAGGCUGCAUCGCACAAAUGUAUUUUAUUUUUAUUUUUGGGUUUGUGCAGUGUUUUUUCAUUGCUAUAAUGUCAUAUGACCGAUGUCUAGCUAUUUGUAAUCCGAUGCGUUAUACUUCUAUAAUGAGACCUCACAUUUGCUUCCGUAUGAUUGAAGGAUGCUGGGUUUUGGUCCUUUUUAUAUCAACAAGUGAAUUAUUUGAGAUAUUUCGAUUUAAUUAUUGUGGUUUGAAUUAUAUAGACCAUUUUUUUUGUGAUUUUGGCCCGUUUGUUCUAUUGUCCACCUCCGACACGUCUGCGUUGAUGCUUCAGAACUUUGUCACUUCGUUCUUCGUGUUUUCUUUUCCCCUUUCCUUUAUAAUCGUAACAUACAUCUACAUUUUCAUCAUAGUUCUAAAGAUAUCUUCAACUCAAGGGCGGAAGAAAGCCUUUUCUACUUGUAGCACCCAUUUGGUCAUGGUUUGUGCUUUUUAUGGAACAUUAAUCAUUGUGUAUACGGCCCCGUCUGAUGAAAGCUCAACCGGUACAAACAAAUAUAGAUCUCUUCUGUACACUGUGGCGUCCCCACUAAUAAAUCCGAUUAUAUAUAGCUUAAGAAACCAUGAGAUCAAGACAGCUCUGCGCAGAAUGUUGGCUAACUGUAAGACCUUUGUCAACAGAUAA